AUGGCUGAGUCAUCAUCUUCUUCGGGAUCUGAUUCAGAUGUAGAGCCCACCGAUCCCAGCAUGUGGAUCAUACCUGGACCGUACAAAUGGGAGGUCCUUCGUCAGAGGACGCAGAAAGGUCAUAUUUCACAGCGAGUGUGGAAUACUGAGCAUGUAAGAAAGAUUAAGACUAGGCAUGGGAAGCCACAAGGGGGCCCACCUACCGGUGCUAUUCCACAGGUUGUGGAAGAGUACCUUAGACAGGCGGGUUUCAUACAUGUUGCCAGGAUGCAACAUAUCCAGAUGACGAUCACCUUACAAGAUGUGGCAGACAUCUUGGGCUUGCCGACCGACGGUACUGUCGUCAUCGGAUCGACCUCUGAGGAUUGGCACGCUGCUUGUGCUGCUGUUUUCGGACAUGUUCCAGAGCCCGGUGAGUUCCAUCAUUCUGGCGACCUCCGCAUCUCAUUCUUGGAUCGACAUUAUACCCGGUGGACUGAUCAUGAAGGGAAUCAUGCUGCCGAGAUCUACUUCACAAAAGCCCACAUUGCCCGGAUGUUGGGGACUUGGUUGCUGGCAGACAAGUCUGGAGGUAGCAAUUUUGGUUGCCGGCUUGUCCCAUUGCUAGGGUUAUUUUCCACAGCAGAUAUUAUGCUUCUAUGCCGAUCAGAUAUCAAACAUAUGUUUGACAUCGUAGUCACAUGA